AUGAGAAAGACAAAUGUUGAUCAAAUGUUAAAUUUAUUUUAUGAAGCUCGGAAAUUGUAUUCAAAAAGAGAAAAAGAGGAUGCUAAGAAGAAAUAUUCAUAAGCACUUGAUUUGAAUUAAAAUUUUAUUAUUGCAAGAUUAGAAAGAGGUUCAAUAAUAUAAUUAAAAAAAUAAAGGGAAAAUGAAUUUUGGCCUUGAUUAUGAAUAAGCGUUAUUUGAUUUUGAAGAAGUCUUGAAGUAAGACCCUAAAAAUAUUAAAGCUUUAAAAGGAAUCGGUAAAUAUUUAAUAUUUGAUUUUAAGCAAUAUCUUUAAAAAUGAAAGGCAAUUAUGAAGAAGCCUUAUAUUAUGCAUAAAAAGGUUUAAAAAAAAAUUAAACUUCUCCUUAAUUAAAUUUUCAUUUGGGUAUGUGAAUAAUUUAAAUGAUAGCUGAUUGUAAUAAGUUUAUUGGAAAAAACUAAGAAGCUUUAUAUUAUAUUAAUAGAGCAAUUGAAUAAAAAAAAAAUAAAUAUGAAAAAAAACUGAAAGUUUAUUAUCAAAAUAAAGGUAAAUUAAAUAAUAAUCAUAGCUGAAAUUUACUUAGGAUUAAAUGAUUUUGGAAACGCAAAAUGUUUUAUAGAAGAAGCUCUUAAAAUCGACUAGAAUUAUGAGUCCGCUAGAAUUAUCGAAAGUAUUAUUCAAUAAUUUUAUUAAAUUUAGAAAGAAUUGAUGAAAAACAAUUAGCUAAUAUUUCAUGA